UCCUGAGUCUACACCCGCUGAGCGCCCGCUGGCACCUGCGGGUCGGGGUGUCCCGAAGGUCGGGGCCAGGGAGGGCCAUGAGUUCUCUGCCCCUGGUCGUGGCCACCAGCCUGCUGCGGUGUUGGUUCCUGGCCCUGAGCACGUUUGUGGUACCCACACCAGCCCAGUUGCAAGUCAACAUGGGCCUGGAGGAGAAGCAGGUGGUGGAAGGUUCCGACUUGGUGAUUCCUGCUUGGUACUCAGUCAUGCCAGAGGAGUCCGGGGAGUCCUGGGAGGUGCUCUCAGCCAUCUGGUACCUGCAGCACGUAGGGAAGGAGCCUGAACAGGUGCUGGCCUAUAUUCGGGGCACCACAGUUAACAAGGAUCAACGAGUGGCCCUGGUCUACGCCAUGCCCAACCAGAACGUGUCUCUGCAGCUGCGGGGGCUCCAGGAAAAAGACUCGGGUUCCUACUUCUGCUCUGUGAAUGUGAAAAACCGGGCAAGCAUGAGGGCAGAGCAUGCCACAAGCCACCCUAUGGAGCUCAAUGUGCUGGUUCCUCCAGCGCCUCCAUCCUGCCAUGUCAUGGGCACCCCCCAUGAGGGGACCAAUGUGACCCUGAGCUGCAAAACCCCGAGGAGUAAGCCAGCUGGUGUGUACGAGUGGAAGCGGUUACCCCCGAACGCCGAGGUUUUCUUUCCACCAAUCGUAGAUACCUUCAAGGGGUUCUUGAACCUCACCAACCUGUCCUCGUCCAUGUCCGGAGUCUACACCUGCAAAGUCCACAACGAGGUGGGCAGCAGUUCGUGCAAUGUGACCCUGGAAGUGAGCACAGGGCCUAGGUCUACGGUGGUGGCUGGGGCCAUUGUGGGCACCCUGCUGGGGUUGGCCCUGCUGGCUGCGCUAGUCUUUCUGUUCCGCCGCCGUGCCCAGAACAAGGGUGUGGAAGAGUCAGCCAACGACAUCAAGGAGGAUGCCAUGGCGCCUCGGACCCUGCCCUGGUCCAAGGCAGGGUCAGACACCAUCUCCAAGAACGGGACCCUGUCUUCAGUCACGUCUGCUCGUGCCCUCCGCUCAACCCCAGGCCCUUCCAGGCAGGGGGCCAUGACCCCCACACCCAGCCUCUCCAGCCAGGCCCUGUCCUCACCCAAGCUGCCAAGCACAAAUGAGGCCCACCAGCAGCCGGCAGCCCCCCCAGGCAGCAUGUCUUCCUCAGCACUCAGCCGCAUGGGCGCAGUCCCUGUCAUGGUGCCUGCCCAGAGCCAGGCUGGGUCUCUGGUAUGAGUCUGGCUGGGCCCCUGGGGCCACAUGUCAUCUCUGUCCUUCCUUUCUGGAUCCCUGAGUCUUGAGAGGAGGGGGCCACCUUCCAGACCCCCAGUUUUUUGGCCCUGACUUGUUUUCCAAGUGGAAACUGAGUCUAGGAGGUGGGAGAAGGGCCUGGAAGGAAAUAGCUCUUCCUUCCCUCCUGAGACAGCUACUGAGAUUCAAGACUGGAGACCUCAUGACAAUGAACCCUCCAGGCCCCUGAACCCCCAACCACUAACACCAUUCCCCCCCCCCCCAACCCUGUGUACUGGGAACCUGUCCUGCUGGUUUGGUUGGGUUUGGUUGGGGCAGGGACUCUAUUUUUAAAACUAACUUGAAAUGUGUGUUUUGGGUUUUGUUUUGCAAGUUUCAAUAAAGAUCCACUGUGUGUGUAUGGGAA